GAUUCUUCCCUUUUCAUAUUUUUGCCAUUAAGUGAUUCCCCAACUACCUUCAAUAAGCGUGCUGAAAGCUACUGCUCACUCUGUUUCUUCUUAAUUCUCACAACCGCCAUUAGAGGAAAAAACAAAACCUCAAAAUUUGUCUUCCUCUUAUCGUUUUUCGUCUAAAUCAAUCUCCUUUUUUAACAUGGGUUCUUUAAUUCCUUUUGUUUCGUAACCACUCUGAGAGAUUUCAGGGUAGAACAAACCCAAAGUUACGAUUUUUUCUUUUCAAAUUGAAGAAAUGGUUCCUUCGAUUUUGGAGAAAAUGGGAUGUUCAAACUCCAAAACAUCAAUGAAGAAGAAGAACGAGCCGCUUCCUCUCUGUAAAGAAAGAAAGAGAUUUGUCAAACAAGCCAUGGAUUCGAGAUGUGCUCUAGCCGCCGCACACGUGUCCUACACUCGUUCGCUCCGAAACAUCGGAGCUCGUCUCCGUCAAUACGCAGAGGCGGAGACGGUGGCUGAAGAGUCUUCUCCGUCGUUAACCGCCACAGAGCCUGAGAAAUCCCCUUCCCAUAACUCCUCUUACCCUGACGAUUCGCCGCUGAGUCACAACUCGAAUUCAAACCCUAACCCCAAACCCCUUUUCAGUGUAAGCUACACGAAGACGGAGACGGCUAAUUCUACAGUGACUUUCACGAUUAACCCUCUGAGCGACGGUGACAACGAUUUGGAGGAGGCAAUGCCGACGUUAUCUCCUCCUCCGCCGCGUCCUCGCCGGCCAGAGACGUCUUCUUGGGACUAUUUCGACACUUGUGACGAUUUCGAUAGCUUUAGAUUUGUUGGGCUAAGUGAACAAACCGAGAUUGAUUGUGAUGCAUCAGAUGUAGGAUUAGAGAAGUUUAGACAGGGCAAUGUAGCAAAAAGUGGUCCCGAGACAACAACAAUGGCGUUACAUGUAGGUUUAAAACCAGAGCUUAGGAAACAGAGCUGUGAAGGUGUUGAUGAUGAAGAAGAUGGAAAUGGUGAAAGAGAAGAUCCAUCAGAGUUUAUCACACACAGAGCUAAAGACUUUGUGUCUAGCAUGAAAGACAUAGAGCAUAAGUUCUUUAGAGCUUCUGAAUCUGGAAAAGAGGUUUCAAGAAUGCUCGAAGCUAACAAAAUCAGAGUCGGGUUCGCAGAUAUGACAGGAAAGGGAAGUUCAAUAGCGUUUCUUGCACCUUUGAAGCGAGCUUGUUGUAGAGGGAAGAGUUAUUCACCAGUUUCUCAAGAGCCAUUAAAUCAUCAAGUUACUAAGGUGAUUGUAUGGAAGAGAACGUCGUCUUCAAGGUCCUCGACUUCUAGAAAUCCGUUGAUCCAAACAUCAAAAGAAGAACACGAUGAAGAAAGUGGAAGUGAUUUCAUGGAAGAUUUCUGUAUGAUCUCAGGAAGUCACUCUUCUUCGCUUGAUCGAUUAUACGCUUGGGAGAGAAAACUCUAUGAUGAAGUCAAGGCAAGUGAGAUGAUUAGGAAAGAGUAUGAUCGAAAAUGUGAGCAGCUAAGGAACCAAUUCGCAAAGGAUCACAGUGCUAAAUCAAUGGAUAAAACAAGAGCAGCUGCUAAAGACCUUCAUUCAAGAAUCAGAGUGGCGAUUCAAUCCGUUGAUUCGAUUUCAAAGCGGAUUGAGAGAAUCAGAGACGAAGAGCUUCAGCCACAGCUCCUAGAGUUUCUCCAAGGGUUGAUAAGGAUGUGGAAAGCAAUGCUCGAGUGUCAUCAUUCGCAGUACAUAACGAUUUCGUUGGCUUACCAUUGUCGGAACUCUUCAAAACCGGCGUCGGAAAACGCUCUAAAGAGACGGAUUUUGACGGAGCUUGUGGAAGAAACAGAGUGUUUUGGUCUAAGCUUUGUAGAUAUGGUAAACAGUAUGACUUGUUAUGUGGAAGCUCUGAAUGGUUGGCUUCACAACUGUGUUUUACUCCCUCAAGAACGGUCUACAAGAAACCGGAGACCGUGGUCCCCACGCCGUGUCCUGGCCCCACCGAUAUUCGUCCUGUGUCGGGAUUGGUUGGCUGGGAUAAAAUCGCUGCCGUCAGAUGAACUCAGUGGGUCGAUCAAAGGGUUCUCGAUGGAUAUGGAGAUGUUGGGCGAGGAAAAGGGUGGUUCGGUGUUGGUUUCGGAUUUGGCGAGUGUGCAUUCGAGUUUGGCGAAGCUUCUUGAGAGAUUGAAGAAGUUUUCGGAAGUUUCUUUGAAAAUGUAUGAAGAUGUAAAGGUGAAAAGUGAAGCAGCUAAAGUUGCUUACACUAGUAGUAAUUCUAACUGUGGACCACUGAGGUAAU